GCCAGAUGUGCAGGUGCCGCCGCUACCGACGCCGGGGCCGAGUUUGGGGUGGGGCUGGGGACUCCAGGGCCGCGGGGAACCGGUCCGGGUCGGGCGCGGCCCCCGGGCUGCGGUGGGGUGGGGUGCGCCGCUGGCCACAUCUGGUCAUUCCUGCUGCGCACAGGCCUCAGUUUCCCCGUCUGCUCAAUGGAUACGCAGGCGGCGCUACGGGCUGGAUCUGGAUCCGGAUCAGGGGCAUAGGAAUUGGGGCCUCCUGUGUUCUGGGUGUGUCGUGUAACCUGGAGCUGGGCGUUGCCCGGUUUAUGCCUCAGUUUCCCUGUAUUGUAGGGGACGGGGCGUGAGGGGAUAUUUGAGCCCCUCCCCACUUGGGGUUUUUCAGAGCUUGGAUGGCUGAGUUAAAUUCUGUUAAAUAACCUGGAUAUAGAACCGUGGUGCUUCUCUGCCUCUCCCUGUGAGUUUCGGCAACGGAGCCCGCCCCUGUGAGCCUCAGUUUCACUCGGAGAUGAUUGUGUCUGCCUCGUAACGGUGAUUGAGGAUGAAAUGAAGUGCUCUACAAGUGUUUGCCCGUAAUAUAUUCUUAGAGGCCCCUGGGAUGCUCUCAAAAUGUUGAUUCCCGGGACUUCUUCACACUCCUCUUGGAGAAACAGCCUGUCCUGAGCUCCAGUCGUUAUCACCUUUGGUUUCAGUUGCCACAGACAGCACUGUGAGAUCUUCAUUCUACCUUAUUUUCAUUUUAUGGUUGAAAAAACUGAUUCAGAAGGGUGAAGUGGCUCUCCCAUGGUCAAACAGCCUACCUCUCUGCGUUUCUUCAAUAAAUCUACAUUUGGAGUUGGGAUCAGAGCUCUUGCUGGGUCAAUUUGACUGUGCAGCGGAGGAGGAGAAAGAGAUGGACCUCCCGGACUCGGCCUCGAGGGUCUUCUGCGGCCGCAUCCUGAGCAUGGUGAACACAGAUGAUGUCAACGCCAUCAUCCUGGCCCAGAAGAACAUGCUGGACCGCUUUGAGAAGACCAAUGAGAUGCUGCUCAACUUCAACAACCUGUCCAGUGCCCGCCUGCAGCAGAUGAGCGAACGCUUCCUGCACCACACGAGGACCCUGGUAGAGAUGAAACGGGACCUGGACAGCAUCUUCCGCCGUAUCAGGACGCUGAAAGGGAAACUGGCCAGGCAGCACCCAGAGGCCUUCAGCCAUAUCCCAGAGGCAUCCUUCCUGGAGGAAGAGGAUGAAGACCCCAUCCCACCCAGCACCACGACCACCAUUGCCACCUCAGAACAGAGCACGGGCUCAUGUGACACCAGCCCCGACACCGUGUCGCCCUCCCUGAGCCCCGGCUUCGAGGACCUGUCCCAUGUCCAGCCUGGCUCCCCAGCCAUCAACGGCCGCAGCCAGACAGAUGACGAGGAGACGACGGGCGAAUAGCCCUGCUGCCCGGUGCCUUGAGGGGGUCUCAGGGCAGCAGCAUACAAGGUGGCAGCGGGUAACCCUGCCUUGUUCUGUCAUCCAGGGCUCCUUUGCUGCCCCGUUCUGUCACCCAGGGCUCCUAGGGGGACAAGGCUCUCUCCCGAGGGGUGUGGAAUUCCUGGGGGGGUCUUUAAUUCUGGCUCCUUCCUUCCUCAGAACAUCUGUAUUCUGCAAGACCCCUCUGCCAUGCCAGGGCACGCCCAUUCCAGCUGGAGUCGUGGGGCUGGGCACAGGGGAAUUUUUCCAGAGCUGAGCCUGACGUCUGCUCUGAAGAAUGCUUAGAAGGUUCCCAGACACCAGAGCCAGAUGUCCCCCACCCCCGGUCAGGACCUCCUUGAAGUGCACAAGCAUGGUCUCCUCUGAGUUCACCCCAGCCCACCCCUGCACCCACUAAUUCUGCUUUUCCUGCCCCUUGCUCCGUAAAAGUAUCAAAUACUUUCUCCUUGGUAUCUCAAGGAGGUUUCUGAGAUAGGUAGAAGAGACGGAGGCUGGCCAUCCAUUCAGCCCUGAGCGUGCUGAGUUCUGUGUUUCUCUGAAUAGAGGUGUGGAACCUGAGGGGCCAGCAGGCCUCUCUGAAGGCCUCCAUGGAGCAAACGGCGCCACCUCGGGAAAGAGUUUAAUGGAAUAUUUUUGUACCCGAUGUUUACAGAUGCUGUUGGGAAGUUAUCAAUAAAAAGACACCAUUGCUAAAAAGGGAAAAGUA